GUGUUUUCUUGCCCCGGGCCACUUAACUCUCUCUCCAUACUGCAGGUGUUUGGUCAUGGAAAGGCCAACGGGGAGCCCACAUGGGCCUUGCUGCUCACAGCCCUCAUCUGUGAGACGGGUAUCCUCAUUGCCUCCCUGGACAGCGUGGCCCCCAUCCUGUCCAUGUUCUUCCUCAUGUGCUACAUGUUCGUGAAUCUGGCCUGUGCGGUACAGACCCUGCUGCGCACACCCAACUGGCGCCCACGUUUCAAGUUCUACCACUGGUAAGGCCUUCUAUGUGAAUGCCCUGCGGGACCCACAAGCUGAGCAUGUGCAAUCUGUUCUGGUGGUUCUCCCUGUUGCUGGGCUUAAAACUUACUGCGUAAGGAACCCCAGUGAAUUCCAUGA